AUGCCAAGAUCUUUAUCCCCGCCGCUGCCGGACGGUUCCCGCGCGGCGCCCGCGCUGCAGCGCUUGAGGCGGUUCCUGACAGCGCUUCAGCAGUUUGCAGCGGACGUCGGCGCUGACACGGGGGAGAGGUCGGGCACGCUGAACAUAGAGGAGUUCCAAGCUGGCGUGCAGGAGUGUACCAACUACCCGCUGCGGGCGUCUGUACCAGGCUUCUUACGGGCGCUACUACCGCUGAACCCGUUGCAAUACAUCAGGAGUCACGAGCACUUGAUCCUGGAGUGCGGCGGUGACUCAAGCGAUAUCUUCGCUCACCAGCCCGCCAGCGACGGCAGCGUCAAGCGGCGAGCGAGCGAUCCCCUGUUCCUGCACCCGUCGCCGUUCCUCUACCCGCUGCCCAGCAAUGCCAGCUUGUUCGACUACACGCACCCCUGCCACUACCCCGCCCAGGGGGACCCUGGCUUCGAGAGGAGAGACGUCCGCGACGUGUCCACCAUGAACGCGUCGUUUCCCGAGUCGCGGCCGGGACCGUCCCGGAACGAUGACGAGUGGAAGAACAUCAACACCAUGCUGAACUGCAUCCUCAGCGUGGAACCGACAGAAAGUAGCGACAUAAAGCGUGCCGCCAGCGAGAUUAUGGCGGCUGCGGUGCGGCAGACGGAAGAAAGAGUGGCAGAAGUCAGGAGACGAGCUGAAGAUGCCGUCAACCAGAUAAACAAUUACAAUAUCCUUCAUGAGAUCAUGGCAGCUGCGGAGCGGCAGACGGAAGAAAGAGUGGCCGAAGUCAGGAGACGAGCUGAAGAUGCCGUCAACCAGCUGCGGAGCGGCAGACGGAAGAAAGAGUGGCGAAAGUCAGCAGACGUGCUGGAGAUGCCGUCAAUCAGGUAUCCACCAGGGAAACUACGUUAUAGAAAAGUAAUUACAAUAUCCUUCAUGAGAUCACGGGAGAAAGAGUGCAGGAAGUCAGGAGACGAGCGGCAGAUUCCGUCAACUAGGUAUCCACCAGGGAAAGUUAAACGGCAGGCGUUGGUAGAACUUCAACGAGCAGUAGGUGCAGCGGAGGCGAAAGCUCUAGAGCUGGUGGUAGCAGAACGCAGUAAAGAAACGCAUCCUCCCCCGCCUCCGCCUCCGCGAGACUUGAGCCCUGGAGCCGCCGCUCAACAAAAUGAGACCUGCUCGGGCUGCAACGCGGCGCGAUAUUGCGGCGCCUUCUGCCAACACAAGGACUGGGAAAACCAUCAUCAGGUUUGCAGCGGCCGCGAACAAAAACCGACCGCUAUGCUGCGAACAUCACCACCCGCAGCCAAUUCACACCCGAAGACCCUCGCUCGCUCCACCACCCCUAUAACAGCACCCGCCAAUCCCCCGCCUACUUCCACUGAACGAGUAGACAAUCGCCUCUCCUUAACCUCAUUGAAUUCAGCUGAAAGAUUACUGAACAACCAAGAUAGAAGUUUGACGAGUAACAGUGAGAGAAUCGCCUUGGCUACUCUCUCGACAGCCCAAGGACUAAUAGGCGGUAUAGGGGGGAAGAAAUGA